ACAAGAAAAAAAGCUCCACAAAGCUCUAACAAAGAUCUUUACAAAAACAUCCUUUCACAAAAUAGCCCCAUAAGAAAAAUGAAAAGAAAAGAAAACUAGCAGUACUAUUUACGAGCCUUCCUUACUUUCCCUCUCUCUAAAAAAAGAAUAAAAAGCAAAAAGCAACAAAACCUUUACAAACACUACACUCUCCCAGAAAAUAAAGGACAAGAACACACAUAAGAUAAUAAAUAAAUAAAUAAAACAAAUAAAUGAGAGGAAAAACUGAGGCAAGGUUCUCUGUAUUUCCCUUCCACUCUACACAUUUGUCUUCAUACACUACAAAAAAGUCUCACCUCAACAGGGCCAAGAAGCAUCAGCAGCAUCAGCACCUCUCGCCCCUCCAGUGGACACCAGCCAGCGCAGCAAUGGGUUCCUUUAUCGGCCACGUGGUACCAGGCAGCUUCUUCGGGCUGUUUGGGGCGUGGUACGUGUAUCAGGUGUUCCUCAAGUACUUCAUGUGCCAGAGGGCGGCCGUGGCUCUGGGGGAGAAGGGAAGGUCGUUUUAUCAGAACACCUCCUCCUUCGUCUGCAGCUGCUGCCCCACCAUGCCUCUGGAGGGCUUCCUCAAGAUCGCCGCCUCUGUCUUAGGGAUGAUUGGCGAGGUGGCGACGGGUUUUGACGAGACGAACACGAUGCACCUCGGCAACGCGCAACACACCACCAUGUUCUUCUUCUUCGGCCUGCACGGGGCUGCCGAGGUGAUGCUGCACUACCGCCUCGCCGCCCCGCCCGACCUCGACUUCCUAUCCGGCGCCCUGGCCUUUGGAAUGGAGGCGCUGCUCUUCUUCUACCACCUGCACGGGAGGACGGCCAUGGACGUGCAGGUACACACGCUGCUGUUCUUCGUGGUGGUGGCGUGCGCUGUCUCCGUGGUGCUGGAGAUGUGCUACAAGGACAAUGUGGUGCCCGCCCUGUGCCGCGCCUACUUUAUCCUGCUGCAGGGCACGUGGUUCUAUCAGAUCGGGUUCAUCCUGUACCCUCCGGUGGGGCGCGCGUGGAGCCAGGAGGACCACCGUCAGAUGAUGCUGGUGACGCUGCUCUUUGCCUGGCACAACGCGACGGUCUUCGUGGCCAUGGUGCUCACCGGGACCCUCGUGUACCUCAGGGUGAAGGCCAUGGCGCCCUCCUGCCUCUACCACCGCCUGCACCACCACCUCAAGGCCCCCACCCAGCCACACCUCACCCACCUGGAAGCCGAGCCGUCCAAGGCCAUGCUGCUCUCGGAGGAUGAGGAGGUGUGAAGGGA